ACAGAAUGCUUCUGCAAAUUGGCGUAAUCUGAGCUCAUAAAAGAGAAUGCUUCCUCUUUUUCACAUCUCCACAUCAACAACAUGUCUCUCUCCAAGGCCUCAUCGGAAGUCUCAUCGGCGUUCGACAUCUCCGGCGAGAGUAGCAUUCGCGAAGCCGAGGAUCGCCUGAGAGAGGCCAUGGAGGAGCUGGAGCGCCGUCAACGCCGGACACGUCAUCUUCAUCCGCCGUGCGAUCACGCAGACGAUUCCUGCGUUGCUAACGCCAUCGGUAAUCUCUGCCAGAGCUUUCUACUCUCUUACGGUGUUCGUGUCGGUAUCGGAAUCUUGCUCCGUGCUUUUAAGCUCGCUCGUGGUCACUCCUACGCUUCUCUCCUUGAUCUCAAGCAACUUGUAUCGGAGAAAGAUCUUAUAGUACGAGAGGAGGCAUGCCGAGUUGGUCUUCUAUUUGGUGGAUUUACGGGAUCGUAUCAUGCUCUACGCUGUAUACUGAGGAAGUGGAGAAAGAAAGAGACGCCAUUUAAUGUAGUCCUAGCAGGUUCUGUUGCUGGUCUGUCUAUUCUAGCUUUAGAUGAUUCGAACCGUAGGCGUACUCUUGCUUUGUAUCUUUUGGCUAGACUGGCACAGUGUGCUUAUAAUUCUGCAAAAUCAAAGAAUAUGUUUCACCUUUUGGGAAGUCAUUUGCGACAUGGAGAUUCUCUGCUCUUCUCUUUAGCCUGUGCACAGGUCAUGUAUGCUUUUGUGAUGCGCCCAGAGAGCUUGCCAAAAUCAUAUCAAGAUUUUAUACAGAAGACUGGGCCAGUUGCCGCACCUAUAUAUAAAGCUGUGAGGGACUGCUGUAGAGGUUCUCCGGUAGAUAUUGCUGCAUUAUCUAUUUACUUGUCUAAUAGAAGGGUCUCAAAAGCGUUGAAGCUGGAAGAGUUUCCUUCAAUUAUUCCUUGCUCCAUGAUUCACCCUGAUACAAGUUCGUGUGUAGCCCAUAAUGUUUCCGCUACAUCAGCCACUUUUAGGAAAACCUUUCCUCUGUACUUCUCCCUGACUUUUGUGCCAUUCGUAGUUCUACGUCUCCAAAAGUUCAUGACGUCUCCCCUCCGAACUUGCUGGCAUGCUGUUACAGGAGCUGUUCGCUCAACAACCUUCUUGUCUGCUUUUGUUGGAAUCUUUCAGGGGGUAAUAUGUUUGCAUAGAAAGGUGGCUGUAAAGGACCACAAACUUGUAUAUUGGGUUGCAGGUGGAAUAGCUGCUCUAUCUGUACUAUUGGAGAAAAAAGCAAGAAGAGGAGAACUUGCAUUGUAUGUUCUUCCACGAGCUGUUGAUUCAUGGUGGUAUAUAUUAGUGAAUCGCCACCUGCUUCCUGAUAUUAAGAACGCCGAGGUAGCUCUUUUUUGCAUGUGUAUGGGUGGAAUAAUGUACUACUUGGAACAUGAGCCGGACACCAUGGCACCACUGCUUAGAAACCUUAUCCGUCGAUUUCUUGCCAGCAGAAUGAGCAACCCAGGCCCUCUACCAAGUAGAAAUGCAUCUUACACCUAUCUACAUACGCUUGAUGCAAUGAAAAAACCUAAUUCGGGGGAGACUGAAACAUCAGUAUCGCAAACAUACAAUCUUGAAGCUAUACCUGGACUGUAACCGUCUUUUUUCAAUCUGCUUUCAUGGUUAUUGUUGGAGCUCUACUUCCCGGUUGGCCAUUAUUCCUUGUGAUGUACCUAGUUCUUGGUAACUUCUUAAUUUAUUGAGACUCUGAAGAAUGGCAUUGUUGUGCAAUUCUGGGUUUAAUCAUCAUGACUUGUACAGUGAGAUCUAAUUCUCACAAUUUUUAGGUUCUCGCAGAUACAAAAUUAUCAAUUUUCUAAAGAUGUCUAAUGAGAAGUAGGAUACAAUCAGCCUUCAUGGUGCUGGUAGAUAUUUAUUUUGUAAAACAUGAAACAAUGCAAGUUAAUUUGCUUCAGCAAUUGCUAUGCAAUAGUUUUCAUA